GGUUGGAGUGUUUUAUGGGGUUUUGAGCUUCUAUGGGGGGUUAUUUUGGGAUGACCUCGUGUGUCCCACUCCAGCUCUAUGUGACCCUGGCCUGGUGGAGGGGACUGUGGUGGGUUUUGGGGUGUUUUGGGUCUUUUGGGAUGCUGAGAGUGUUUUGGGGUGUUUUGGGGUGUUUUAGGGUGUUUUGGGGUUCUAGGGGGGGGUAUUUUGGGGUGACCUCAUGUGUCCCUCUCCAGCUCUAUGUGACCCUGGCCUGGCGAGGGGGGGGGUCCCGCCUGGCCAAGCCUGCGGCGGUUUUGGGGUUUGCGGCCCCCCCGUUCCUGCUGGGGGCCCUGAGAGUGGCCGAGCACCGCAACAGCUGGGGGGACGUGCUGGGGGGGUUCCUAUGCGGGACCGGCAUCGCCGCCUUCCUGGUGACCUGCGUGGUCGGAAACUUCCAGAACAAGGGGGAGUCGGGGUGGGGGUCUGUGGGGGGGCCCCCCAGAGCCCCCCAGGAACUGCCCCCCCCGCAGCCCCCACUGGAGGAGAUCAGUGUGACCCAGGUGCGUCGGGCCGAGUUCCCAGCAGUGACUUGAGAGACCCCCCCGGGACAGGGGGACCCCGGAAUUGGGGGGCCCCGAAAUUUUGGGGAGGACGAUGUGUGUGGGGGGGUGUCCUGGAAAAUUGGGGGGGCAAGGGGGGAGAAUAAAAGUGGCUUCAUGU